GGAGCAGCUCCAGGCCUGGCUGCAAUGUGUGUCCCUCCUGCACCCAAAGCUCCCCGCCGGCACUGACUCCUGAAAGCGGUGAGGAGCUCUGAGACCUCGUCACUGAGCCCUUCAGACCUGUGACCAAGCACAGGGAGUACACACUGCCCUGAAAUGCCACCCCCAGCCUCUUCCACAUAACCCCCCACACACACCCUUCUCUCCCCUCUCCCUAAGGCACUGGCAGGUGAGUGGCUGAGAAAACUGGCUCAGGCCCUGUUUUCAGGGGCAGAAAAAACAACUAAUAUCUAUUCAGAGCCCACCAGGCGCCAGGCACUUCGUCUCUUGUUUUCAGGCCGACUCUAUGAGAAGGGUCGAGCGCCUUGCUCAAGGUCGGCCAGAAUAAGGGGCAGACUCAGGACUCACACCGCCAUGGGGCCGUCGCUAGCUCCCGCCCUUCCCCCUACGCCACGCAGCCCGUCUGUGGAAGGCAGACGUGAAAAGUUGUCCCUGAGAGCUGCCAUCGAAGACCGUCCUCUUCCCGCCUCUGGUCCUUGCAGGACUUUGGGUUGCCACUUCUGUUCCUAUGACUCCUCAGAGCCACUCAGGAAAACGUGGCGAGGCCUCUUAAGGACUCUCCUUCCCUUUGGGAGCCCACCAGGCUCCUGCCCCUCCCGGGAUGGAACCCCCAGUUGGGGCCCAGGUGAGGCAUUGCCUCGUUUCAUCCACACCUCACAGAGGAUGCCCAAGGGAACUUGAUCUGUCCCAGCCGCCUCCCCCGCCCCUUCCUCUCCAGCCGUGGUCCAGCUCUUCUCACACUCCUGUGCCUCUGCGCAUGCGCCCGCCGCCCGGAAUCCCUCCCUGCAGCUCCCUCUUCUGCACCUGACUCCUCUCUCGCCAAAGUCCAGGCAGCCUUCUCCUGGCCAGCCUUGCGUAACCACCUUCCUCCUCCGAUGCCCCUUCCCGCCGGCAGGGUUCACAAACUCGCUGGCUGCUGCAGUGUGUGUCUCACAUCAUCCCCAUGCUGUCGUGGCCCCCAGACUCCUGGGGGGAUGCCUAGGUCUCGCCUUCAUGUCAGCACACAGUGCCUGCUUCCUGGUGGGAGCUGGACACGCAUCGUCUUUGCGGGCAAUGAGGAAAAGAGAAAAGGAAAGAGAUUGGGCGUGCUACAGAGAGGAAGGGAAGAACGCUGGGGAGGACCCAGCAGGUUCAUGGGGAAAUAGGUACGUGCUUAGGGAUAAGCUACACUGGGAACCUCAGUGGCCUAAGAUGACAAGAGUAGAUUUCUUCCCAAAGGCAAAUGUCCCUUGUGGGCCAGCAGGGGGGCUCUGCUCAUGAUAGUCACCCUGCCAGAGGGCGGAGCUGGGGGGGGGUUGCAUCAGCAAGUAAAUGCUGUGGUAGGGAAGUCACAUGCUCCCCCCUGACUGGGGUGCCAAGAAAGUGCAGUUCUGUGGAGCGCUGGGAACACUGGGUGGAACACGAGGCUCUGGUUCUGCUGCAAGACCCUGCAGCAAUGUCUCGGGCUGCCGGUGUCCCCAGCAGGUACACAUAUCUGAGGAUGAGACAGUUCUCAGCUCUGUUCCUGUUCUGGUGUCGCUAUGGCAGGGGUGGGGCCGGCAGAGGAAACCACCAGGUGUGGCCAUGGGAAAGUCCCUCCAACAUUCUAUAGAAACAUGGAAUUUCCUGGUUUUAACCAUUUCAUAUCCAACUGCUAUCUCAGAGCUAACCAGAGCGGCACAGACCUCCCCCGUCCCCUAGGACAUUCGAUCUGGGGCACUGAGUCCUGGCUGGGCAGUUGGCACCUGGGCUCCAGCCCCAGCAGUCUCUGAAGAUCGGGGACAAAUUGCUGAGGCGGUGCAGGCCUCAGUGCCUUCAAUGCCUGUCUGUAAAUCAGUUUCCAGCCUGCCAGGCAUUUCCAAAUACACUGCUCCCUGCCAUCCAUGCCACCCACAGCGUGAGUGUCACCCUCCUCAUGCUCUGGGUGAGAAAGCUGGCUGUGUGCUGUGCUCUAGGCCAUGCCCGAGGGCAUCACCCGGGUUCCAGUGCUUGCUCUUCUUCCCUGCAAAGCUGAGUCAGAUCCAGCUGCUCCAAGAACUGGCUAGGCACAGGUCCUGGACCUCCCUGGGGCUCCUGGGUGUGGGAACUUGGUCUUCCCAGGCUGCUCCACUUGGCUAACUUGCCCAACCCGCUCUGCUGACUCUGGGCAAAGCCUGAGCACCCCUGCUCCAGAGAACUGCAGGAGACAGGGGACAGCAACCCUUGGCCGGCUGGCCACAGCCCCCGCCAUCAGGGCCAGGGUCCCUGGCCUCUCUGUGACUCAGACUCUGGUUCCUGCACCUCCACUUGGGAACUCAGAGUAUCCUCUUUCUCCUUCCUGAUGAAGUGGUGGCUGUACUCAGCUGCCUCUGUCUCUUUAAGAGAGAAAGAAAGAGAGAGAGAACGAAAUCAGGAAGUGUGAGUGAGCCGAGAGCCAGGGCUCUGUGCUGAGCGGGGAGGCAGGAGAAACCCAGGAGUACCCGCUCUAGGGGUGGCACAAGGCCGUUUCAACUGCCCUGCCUGCAGGUCCUAGGGGCCUGUGGCUACCAGGAUGCUAGGAGCACCGCCCAUGAAUGACAGAAAGCCUUGAAAGCUCUGGGGUGCCACCCAGUCCCCUGCAGCCGAGAUGGGCUCAGCUCCUGGACGCGCCACAGACAGACCGAGUAAGACACGCUCGCCAGGGACAGUCUCCGCCUGACUCAGGGCGGCUCGGAGCGCGGGGUGGGAGGUGGCCGCCCAGCCUAGAGAGGAAAUGCAGAGCACAGUCAACUACCUGUGGCACACGGACGACCUGCUGGGGCAGGGCGCCACCGCCAGCGUGUACAAGGCCCGAAACAAGAAAUCCGGGGAGCUGGUGGCCGUGAAGGUCUUCAACGUCGCCAGCUACCUGCGGCCCCGCGAGGUGCAGGUGAGGGAGUUCGAGGUCCUGCGCAAGCUGAGCCACCAGAACAUCGUCAAGCUCUUCGCCGUCGAGGAGACGGGGUGCGGCCGGCAGAAGGUGCUGGUGAUGGAGUACUGCGCCAGCGGCAGCCUGCUCAGCGUGCUGGAGAGCCCCGAGAACGCCUUCGGGCUGCCCGAGGACGAGUUCCUGGUGGUGCUGCGCUGCGUGGUGGCCGGCAUGAACCACCUGCGGGAGAACGGCGUCGUCCACCGCGACAUCAAGCCGGGGAACAUCAUGCGCCUGGUGGGGGAGGAGGGGCAGAGCAUCUACAAGCUGACCGACUUCGGGGCCGCCCGGGAGCUGGACGACGACGAGAAGUUCCUCUCGGUCUACGGGACCGAGGAGUACCUGCACCCCGACAUGUAUGAGCGCGCGGUGCUUCGCAAGCCCCAGCAGAAGGCGUUCGGGGUGACCGUGGAUCUCUGGAGCAUCGGGGUGACCCUGUACCACGCGGCCACCGGCAGCCUGCCCUUCAUCCCCUUCGGCGGGCCGCGGCGCAACAAGGAGAUCAUGCACCGGAUCACCACGGAGAAGCCACCCGGGGCCAUCGCGGGCACGCAGAGGCGGGAGAACGGGCCCCUGGAGUGGAGCUACACCCUCCCCGUCACCUGCCGCCUGUCGAAGGGUUUGCAGAGCCAGCUGGUGCCCAUCCUGGCCAACAUCCUGGAGGUGGAGCAGGCCAAGUGCUGGGGCUUCGACCAGUUCUUCGCGGAGACAAGCGACAUCCUGCAGCGUGUGGUCUUCCACGUGUUCUCCCUGUCGCAGGCGGUCCUGCACCACGUCUACAUCCACGCCCACAACACGAUAGCCAUCUUCCUGGAGGCCGUGUAUGAGCAGACCAAUGUGGCCCCCCGGCACCAGGAGUACCUCUUCGAGGGCCACCUCUGUGUCCUCGAGCCCAGCCUGUCAGCACAGCACAUCGCCCACACGACGGCAAGCAGCCCCCUGACCCUCUUCAGCAUGGCCAGCGAGACCCCCAAGGGGCUGGCCUUCAGGGACCCUGCCCUGGACGUCCCCAAGUUUGUCCCCAAAGUGGACCUGCAGGCAGAUUACAACACAGCCAAGGCCGUGCUGGGCGCCGGCUACCAGGCCCUGCGGCUGGCGGGGGCCCUGCUGGACGGGCAGGAGCUGAUGCUGCGCGGGCUGCACUGGGCGGCGGAGGUGCUCCAGACCACGUGCAGGCGGACUCUAGAGGUCACGAGGACAGCCCUCCUCUUCCUCAGCAGCAGCCUGGGCACCGAGAGGUUCAGCAGCGUGGCUGGGGUGCCUGAGGUCCAGGAGCUGCAGGAGGUGGCAGAGCUGAGGUCCAGGCUGCGGACUUUGGCUGAGGUCCUCUCCAAAUGUUCCCAAAACAUCACAGAGACCCAGGCGGGCCUCAGCAGCCUGAGCUCGGAGCUGGCGAAGAGCCGGGAUCAGGUACAUGAGGACAGAAGCAACCAGCAGAUUCAGUGUUGUUUGGACAAGAUGAACCUCAUCUACAAACAGUUCAAGAAAUCUAGGCUGAGGCCAGGGCUUGGCUACAACGAGGAGCAGAUUCACAAGCUGGAUAAGGUGAAUUUCAGCCACCUGGCCAAAAGGCUCCUGCAGGUGUUCCAGGAGGAGUGUGUGCAGAAGUACCAGGCGUCCCUAGUCACGCAUGGCAAGCGGAUGAGGGUGGUGCACGACACCAGGAACCACCUGCGCCUGGUGGGCUGUUCCGUGGCCGCCUGCAACACCGAAGCCCAGGGAGCCCAGGAGAGCCUCGGCAAGAUCCUGGACCGGCUGUCUCACCAGCUCCUGCAGGACAGAACACAGGGGGCCCCAGCCUCACCAGCCCCCGUAGCUCCUUGUCCUAUGCCAAAGGACCUGAUUUUCCACAUGGAGGAGCUCUGCCAGGAGAUGAAGCGGCUGGCGUUUGACCUCCAGGACAACAACCGCAUCAUCUUCGAAAGGUUAAGGAGAGUCCCAGCAGCUCCUGAUGUCUGAGCUCCCUGGGGUGCACGAGGCAUCCUGAAGCAUUAGAAAGAUUCAAACACUGCUCUCCUGCACUAUGGGACCCAGCCCAGGGCGAGAUCCGGUCCCAUCUCAUCAGCCUACCUCCCUCCUGGCCAAUGGCCGGGAGAUGCCACCAGCAUUACCUUCCACUGCCUUUCCGCCCGGGAAGCAGCACAUCCAAGACUGGGGCACCAGGCCGUCUCUGUCCAGACCCACAAGCAACAGUGUGGCAGCCCCUGCCUGGGCUGACCUUUCUAUCUUAUCCAGGCUCAGAUACUGCUCCUCUGUCACCCUGGCCUGUAUGGCUGCACCUGGCCAGGUCGUGGGGACAGUGGCUGCCCCAUGCCCUCCCACCCUGCCUCUCUGGUUUACAGGGCUUCACUCCCUGGGGAACAAGAGAGGGGACCCAGGGUGCAAGGUCAAAUGACCUCAUCUCAGUCUUCCUUCCUCCUAAGGCGUUUCACAUUAGACACAGCUCGGUCUGCUGGCCAGUGGCUUCCGGAGUGACCGCAUUCAGCCCCAGGCAACACGGAGCCUCAUUUUCCCUCUACUCUUGCUCUGGCUGAGCCUAAGAUGGAGCAAAUGAGUGACCCAGGCCAGGUGGCUGUGCCCCGGGGCCCCUCUCCCUGUCUCUGAGGCAGCACCUGGCCCUGGACACGCAGCCACCAGCAGUAAGGGGCGGCCACCCCAGGAGCACAGGCCUCGCAGUCAGCACCGGCACCUUCAGGAAACGGAAUAAACGCCUUCUCUUCUUUUCUA